CUGUCACGAGUACGCUCGAGCCGGAGAGCUGCCGGUUGUGAAUUUUCUUCAAAGUCGCGCAGUAUCGGAAUGGUUGGACACGCCGAGAAGCACAGACGGUGAUAGUGCAAUGAUCGGCCCACCGCACCUAUUGCAAGUACACGACGGUUCCAGUUCUGGGCAAUUGUAGACUCGUUCGUAUGGAACAUCAUGCGUGAUCUCGCCCAGGCAACUCCAAGAAUAACGGCGGCGAACGGUUGCCCUCCCGUGGCCACCGUGUAUCGUGAUGUUCGUGGUACGCGCGAGUAUCGGCGAGCUACGCGAUCCGAAGUAUCCAACGCUGAACUUCACCUAGCUGGCCUAUCAGAACGUUUGGGGCUACCCGGGAUGUUCCUCAUGCAGGGGCAUAGACGCGUCUAUAGUGCAGAUGAGGCUGACAAGUGCUUCAUGUCACCCAACAUAUGCAAGAGGUGUACGCACGGACGGGACGGUUCUCACUAGAUGCCGCAGAGCCUCAAGUCGCUUAGAGCGUUGAGUCCGGGUAUUGAGUCCAGAAGGUCGUCAUUGGAUGGAAGCCGGCGCG